AUGGCUCCCGCACAAUCGCUCGUCAACAAGCUCAAAGUGCAGCUCAAGCUGUCCAUAUCCCGCCUGCGCAUGGUUCAGCAAAAGGACUCCGCAAAAGCUAAGCAGCAACGGCGGGAAAUGGCGCAGCUUCUUGAGGCUGGCAAGCUCCAGUCGGCGCGCAUACGCGUCGAGAACAUCAUCCGCUCCGACAUCACCACCGAACUUCACGAGAUGCUCGAACUUUACUGCGAGCUGCUCCUUGCGCGUUCGCAGCUUCUCGACCCUCCUUCGUCCCCUUCGUCACCCGCGAACACAAUACCGCUAGACCCCGCGCUCGAGGAGGCUGUAAGGUCUAUCAUUUAUGCCGCGCCGCGCACAGAAAUCAAGGAGCUACAUGCUGUCAGGGCACUACUGGUGGAAAAGUUCGGUAAAGAUGUUGCUCUCGCGAGUAUGGAGGGAGAGGGCGUAGCGGAUCGGGUGGAGAGGAAGCUGCGGGUGGAGACGCCCAAGACGGAGCUCGUCGACGCGUACCUCAGCGAGAUCGCGCGCUUCUACGGCGUGCCUUUUGGGGAACCGGAGCCUGCGCAGGAUGACGACGAAGAUGACGACGAACCGUCCGGCGGUGUCGCCGAUGAGAACCCCAAAGAGCUCGAGCCUGCGUUAGGAGCCAUCCCGAAAGCGAGCAGGAGAGAGGACGAGGAAGAGGAGCUGGUCAAGGCCAUCCCGCCCAAGAAGUUUGGUCCGCAAAGUCCGCUGCGGGUCGUGCCGCCAAGUCCAAGUACGGACAAUGUGGCGCCCAAGUUGAAGUUACCGGGAGCGGCGGCAGCGAAGCUGAAUGCGUCAAAGGUGGAGGGGAGAAAACCGGCAGCAAAGAAGGAGGACAGCCUAGGGAAGAUUCCGGAUGUGGACGAGCUGGCGAAGAGAUUUGCGGCGCUGAAGCGGUGA